UCGGACGCUUAACCGACUGCGCCACCCAGGCACCCCAUUGAUAAGCCCUUUGUAUGUAUACCCUGUCGCCUUUAUUUUGCAACAACUCUGUAAAGUAGGAAGUACUUUAUUUUUAUAAAUGGUGAAACUUGAGUGUAAAAGAGGCUAAGUAAUAUAAGAGCAAGGAUUUGAAUCAGAUGGGUGUUCAGUGCCAUAGUGUUUUUUUUAUAUGCCACACUUUGCUAUGUUCUCCAGUAAGACCUAUCAAAUAUAUCUCUCAAGCUUAUGUGCAAUACGUUCUUCAGUUUCUUGCCUUCAUGUAAUAAGCACAGUGCUUUUGAUCUUAAAAUAUAAUUAAUUCAGUUCUGAUCAUGGGUGGCUGUUUGCUUUCAAUGAGAAAGCACAUAUGUAAAGCAAAAGUUAAAAUUGGAUCAGAUAAUGUGUAUCUCUGUCCAGGUGUGCCGACUUUAUAGAAUACUUAGAAAUGCCAACAUUAGUUUAUUUUCUUUUACUCUGUUGGGUAUGUGGAACUUUAUUUAGAAGAAUAAAUUGAGAGUCCAAAGACACCUGGAGGAAAAAAUACUAAAAAAACCACAUUUCUAAUUAGCUGAAAAUUGUCACUACCAGAAGAGCCACAAUGUAACUCCAACUUGCAUUGUUUUAAGUAAGCACAAACAAGAUUGUGUAAUCUAAGAUACAUAAGCUAAUUUGUACUGUGCAUUUUACAGUUUUAAAGCCUGAGUGGAAAUGGGUAUAUUUACUUGUCCAUCAUUUGUUUGUAUGUUUGUGUACCUGCUUCUCAGUAAACUAGAAGAAAUGGUAUCUCAAAACUGUAGAGGAGUAUUGAAUACAGAAACAACAUGAUUGUGUGCUGUUUCCUCAGUAUUCAAAAUGAGUGAAGUUUUCUUUAUUUUUUUCUCUUGAAAAACUGUUUGCUUUGUUAUUUUUGUCAUCUAUCUUAAAAUUGGCCAGUAUCCAGUGAAUUGUGAGAGAAAAUGCUAAAUAUUUAGCCUUCUAGCUAGAACUUCUUGUGCUGCUAAAUUAUGAUUUCUCAGUUGCCCCGCACUGUUAGCACACUUUCAUUCUUUAACAUUGCUCUUUGUUCCUGAGGAAAAUGCUAUAAGAAAAUAGGAAUUUCCUCUCACCAUUACGCCUCUGGCAGUGUGUUUCCAUCUAAUUCCUGGCUGGCACUCUGUCCAGGUUACAACCCCUUCUCAUUACUAGCAGAGUCUAAAUUCUGCUCAUCUACUAAAAGGGGGAUUCCAGACAGACGAGGAAACAGCUUUCAAACACUGCACUGCAGGCAUAUUAAGUUAUUCCCCCAAUGUGCAGUCGGGAAAUCAGGGACCACUUCUCUGGCGAUGAAUUCUAAUGAGCUGCUAAAGAUGCCGAAGGGUGUGUGCACACAGGCGUUUUCUUUCCCCUCCCCCCUUCUUCCUUUUCCCAAGCCCCCUCUUCUCCCCGUUUCCCCUCCUCCUCCUCCUUUAUCCCCUCCCUCUGUGUCUCAGUUCUGCAGUAAACGGGGCUGAGGCACAUUCCUGCACUGCAAGGCUUUCUCUUAAGGAUGUUUUGUGGCUUUUGUUUGGAUUGCAGCAUGCAGAAUUACAGCUGUUCAGAGGAGACUCAUUACAACUCUUGCUGAAGCUCCUAAUCUUCCUCCCUUCUCUUCUGCCCCUAACCCCUACCCUCAUUGGCCUGAAGACAAUGUACCCAGAGUUUGCCUUACUCCCCUGGCGCUAUGUGUAUGGUAAACCUGGUACUAUGGCCACAUCUGGGACUGGCCAGACAACUGCUGCUGGUUCUCCCUAUUCCAAGAAGGAUUUAAAGGGGAAUUACACUGCAGGCAAUGCACCAGAGCAGCAUCAGGAGCUUGGGGACUAAGGCUCCUCUGGCAUUAUUACAGACACACAGAGCUGACCGCAAUGACAGCAGCUGCUCCUUUGAACUGUUGGCAGCAGCCAAGCGGCAGCAUGAAGUGAGAGAUCACUCCUGAGCUCAAGAUGAACUCUACCUUGGAUGGUAAUCAGAGCAGCCGCCCUUUUUGCCUCUUGACAUUUGGCUAUUUGGAAACUGUCAAUUUUUGCCUUUUGGAAGUAUUGAUUAUUGUCUUUCUCACCGUAUUGAUUAUUUCUGGCAACAUCAUUGUGAUUUUUGUAUUUCACUGUGCACCUUUGUUGAACCACCAUACUACAAGUUAUUUUAUUCAGACUAUGGCAUAUGCUGACCUCUUGGUUGGGGUAAGCUGCUUGGUCCCUUCUUUAUCACUCCUCCACUACCCCCUCCCAGUAGAGGAGUCUUUGACUUGCCAGGUAUUUGGUUUUGUAGUAUCAGUUCUGAAGAGUGUCUCCAUGGCCUCUCUGGCCUGUAUCAGCAUCGAUAGAUAUAUUGCCAUCACUAAACCUUUAACCUAUAAUACUCUGGUUACACCUUGGAGACUACGCCUGUGUAUUUUCCUGAUUUGGCUAUAUUCCACCCUGGUCUUCCUGCCUUCCUUUUUCCACUGGGGCAAACCUGGAUAUCAUGGAGAUGUGUUUCAGUGGUGUGCAGAGUCCUGGCACACCGACCCCUACUUCACCCUGUUCAUCGUGAUGAUGUUAUAUGCCCCGGCAGCCCUCAUUGUGUGCUUCACCUAUUUCAACAUCUUCCGCAUCUGCCAACAGCACACAAAGGAAAUCAGCGAAAGGCAAGCCCGCUUCAGCAACCAGAGUGGGGAGACUGGGGAGGUGCAGAGCUGUUCCGAUAAGCGCUAUGCCAUGGUCCUGUUCCGAAUUACUAGUGUAUUUUACAUCCUCUGGUUGCCAUACAUCAUCUACUUCUUAUUGGAGAGCUCCACUGGCCACAGCAACCGCUUCGCAUCCUUCUUGACCACCUGGCUUGCUAUUAGUAACAGUUUCUGUAACUGUGUCAUUUAUAGUCUCUCCAACAGUGUCUUCCAAAGGGGACUAAAGCGCCUCUCAGGGGCCAUGUGUACUUCUUGUGCAAGUCAGACCAUAGCUAAGGACCCUUACACAGUUAGGAGCAAAGACCCCCUUAACGGAUGCCAUAUCUGAAGUGACUCAGAUAUUGGAUCACUGUGUGUGUGUGUGUGUGUGUGUGUGUGUGUGUGUGUGUGUGUUUGUUUCCUUUUUAUCUCUUUGUAUCCCUAGCUUACUAGGAGAUCUGGGACAAAAUAAUUCAACUCUAAGCAGUAGCAAACAAAUGAUCCAUUGAACAUACCUUCUAAGUUUGCAGAAAUUAUUUUCUAAAAAGUGCUUUGAAUCGGACAAUCAGGAUCAUGAAGAUAAAUUGCUCUUGGUUCCAGUUUUUGUAAUGUCAUGGAAAUGAUGACAUUUUGAAGAUUUAAAAUAAAUAAAACCAUAUCUAACACCUCUCUUCAGCUGGCAUGACUGAACCUGGGUGUGAAAAGCGUCAGCAUUUUUAAAAAGUCAUUUUCCUGUCGCUUUUCUAGGCUCUUUCUGUUUGGGCUUCAUGUGCAAUUGAAUUCUUUUAAGGGGAAUAUUAAAAAAUAGUGAUGAAUUAACAGGAUUUAAAUUUUGCUUUAUAUAUGCCAAAGUAGAACUACACUGCAGACUUCAGCACUGUCAUUUAGAAAGCCAAAUGUUUUAUGUUUUAGGUCUUCUCUUGAGAGAAUUCUCAAUACAUAUUGUUGAAUAACAUGAACACCUAAGUGUUAAUUUUAGAAUUUUGCAGUGCACCAUGAGUGAAGCAAAAAGGCAGUCAAAUCAUACCAUUUAGGAAAAAUUGAGCUACUUUCUGUGGCAUGCUUCAUGGGGAUCUAAAGAAAUGUGUGCAUGGAAAGUGAUUGCGCUGUAGUGUUUUUGCCCAUGCCUUUGUGUGUGUGUGUAUUGAAAACGUUUGAAUUUAGAUUUCUCUUUACAGCAAAGUGUAUUUUAAUAAGCUGAAAAACAAAUGAUAGGUUAAUGGCUGCCAUUUUUAUAAUGGUGAAAAUAUAUAGUAAUGAAUCUUCAGUCUUCUUUUUUUUUUAAUCCACAAACUUUGAAAUGUCAGAAUAUCUGGGAGAAAAAGAUGUCCUAAUAAGCAACUGAGUCAGAAAAUAUACUGUAUAUUUAACUAGUUCCUUUUUUAAAUAGAAGGGGAUUGAGAUGUUCUCUUUGUGGUUAAAUGGAAUCAACAAAGUAGCAUCUAAUCUUUUUAAAAGCAUUUUUUUGGUGUUAAGAAAUGCACAUUUGAAUGCGAGAAGGAGAAAUUCGGAUUAAGUCUCUUUUAUUGCUCUUCUCUUUCUGGACAAAAAAAUCCUUUGAUGUAACAGUUCUUUACUUAGUCUUUUUUUUUUAAAGCCAAAGUACUAGCAAAAUCUAUAGGAUUUUUAUUAUUUAUUCUGUAGAAUUAUUGAAAGUGCUGUGUAUUGUAUGUACUGGUGAUGUUUUGUUCUUCAAGUGAUUAUCUUUAGAACAAGAAGUUUAUUUUUCUAAAAGGAGAGAAGGAUUUCCCAGCAGCUCCAGGCAUGAGAGUAUUUCCUCUGCUUUUCUACUGGUUUUAAUGUUUUGGAAGUCUUCAGGGGGCUUAUGUGAUCUCUGCCUUUGGCUAGAUGUUAUAAUCUGAAUACAACAAUGGUAUUCAGUGAGAUGGAAGAAACCCAAGGGAAAUGGGUAAAGUGGAGUUUUGAAUCCAACAAAGGAUGCAGAUAUUUAUAAAACAGGCAAAUAGGCUUUGGUUUUCUGUCAUGAUAUUAGAAAACCUACUACCCCUUUUAAUAUAAAGGGCAGCAUUCUUAACGAUUUUAGGUCUUAGAUUUUAACUUCAAAUGUGUGCUGUACUUUAAACUUUUUUAUUUUAAGUGAAUAAGUAUUACAUAAACAUUUAAAUUUCAGAUUCUGAAUUCUUCCCAAAAGCUUGCUUGCUCUUUAUAUUUAGUACUAAAAAACUUGAUUCUAAGCUGUUUCAGUAUUUAGAACUCAUGUUGAAAUUGCAAGUUAUAUUAGCAGUGGCUCUGUUAAAUUGCCAUUUGAAUUGAAAAACCUUUUCUCUUGUAUUUUGAAAAAUGGUUAUGCAUAUUUCUCCUUUAUUUACAUGCCACAAAUCUAAAGAAAAACAAAGUUUCCUUUUUCUUCAUACAUGUUGGAGAAAGUAACCUGUUCAGAUUUGCAGUUUGCUUGUGAGUUUUAGUUUAGCAAAGAUGAGAAUCUUAAAGAUUAAUUUUUAUAAAAAACUGAUGUUAAAUCGGUGGAGUUUUGCUUUUGGGGGAUGCUGAGCCCUUUUAAUUUUUUCCUGCAGUAGCAUUCCAUCUUGUGAGAAAGAGAAAACUCUUUGAGAAAGAUCUUAAUGGAAAUUUUAUGGAAAGACCACUGGAAGUGGCUAAUCAAGCUGAUCUUUUUUUUUAAUUUUUUAAUUUAUUUAUUUUUUUAAGUUACAUCC